AUGCCCAGCGUCCCCUCUGCGCCCCCUCCGGUGCCCCCCAGCUCGGUGGCGGCCGCCGCGGCAGCCGCGGCCGCGAGUUUGCCGGUGAGCGUGGCCGGCAGUCUCCUGCGGGGCCCCCCGCUGCUGCUGCGGGCGGCCGAGAAGUACCCGCGCACGCCCAAGUGCGCCCGGUGCCGGAACCACGGGGUGGUGUCGGCGCUGAAGGGCCACAAGCGCUACUGCCGCUGGAAGGACUGCAUGUGCGCCAAGUGCACCCUGAUCGCCGAGCGCCAGCGCGUCAUGGCCGCGCAGGUGGCGCUGCGCCGCCAGCAGGCGCAGGAAGAGAACGAGGCCCGCGAGCUCCAGCUGCUCUACGGCACAGCCGAGGGGCUGGCCCUGGCCGCGGCCAACGGCAUCAUCCCGCCCCGGCCAGCCUACGAGGUCUUCGGCUCCGUCUGCAGCGGGGCCAGCGGCGAGGGAGGCGCUGGGGGCUCGGACUCCAAGCUGCAGAAGUUCGACCUGUUCCCCAAGACGCUGCUGCCCAGCCGGGCUGUGACCCCGCAGCAGGCGGGCGGGAAGCCCCUGUCUCCGGACGGGGAGUCGGUGCCGGGCACCUCCUCCCCAGAAGCUCGCCACGGCUCGGGCUCGGAGAACGGGGACGGCGAGUCCUUCCUGAGCUCGCCCGUCUCCAAGGGGCCGAAGGAGGGGGAGGAGAGCCCGGGCUCCAUCAGCCCGCUGGGCUCCGACUCGGGCUCGGAGGCCGAGAAGGACGAGCAGGACCCGUCGCCCUCGGCCGGCGGCCGCCAGCGGACUCCCAUCGACAUCCUGACGCGGGUCUUCCCGGCGCACCGGCGCAGCGUGCUGGAGCUGGUGCUGCAGGGCUGCGGCGGGGACGUGGUGCAGGCCAUCGAGCAGAUCCUCAACAACCGCGGCCCGGACAAGGGGCCCGAGGAGAGCUGGGCCCGGGACGGCGCCCUGCAGUCCAGCCCGGCCGCCGCGGCCGCCGUCGCCGCCCACCACCGGCCCUUGAUCGCCGGCACUAUGAGCCCGGCCAUCGGCACGCUGGGCAGCCGCUCCGCCUUCUCGCCCCUGCAGCCCAACGCCAGCCACUUCGGCGCCGAGGCCAGCGCCUACCCGCUGGGCACCCACCUGGGCCUCAACCCCCUGCGCCUGGCCUACUCGGCGCACAGCCGGGGACUGGCCUUCAUGACCCCCUACUCCACCGCCGGCCUCAUGCCCACGCUGGGCUUCCGGCCGCCCAUGGACUACGCCUUCAGCGACCUCAUGCGGGACCGCUCCGCCGUGCACAAGGAGCAGGUCUACUCCAGCGGCCUCUACGGGCCCAUGGUCAACAACACCCCCGAGAAGCAAUAGACGGAGCCCCUUGCUGGGGAGCAGCGCCCGGCCGGCCGCGGGCACCGCGCUGCUGCCAAGGACACGCUCCCUCCUUGCGUCUCUCUCUUGACAGCUGCCAAAUCACAGCUCACGCCUUGCAGCCUAGGGCUGCACCCUAAGGGACUCUCUGAAUUUAUAAAUAUAGAGCGAGAGAAAGAGAGGGGACUAUAUGGACACCGAAUGAUUCGCUCCCCUUCCCCUUCCAGCCUAUUCCAUUGUAGGGCAGGGCGCAGACCCCCUGCUGCACGGAACAGAGUGUCGGGCAAAGCUGACAAAUACUAGGUGUAUUAAAAAAAAAGGUUAUAAAGGUGCACUUUCAUUGUUGAGAUGUUUGUCACUCUCUUUGUUGCUUAUGGCCAUAAGCAUGGAUAUCCUUGGUGAAUUGUGAGGUGUAUAUAUAUAUAUAUACACACACACACAUACAUAUAUAUAUAUAUGUAUGUAUGUAUACUAGCAAGUGUAUAAUGUUAUAAAAUGGAAAUCUAAGUUAUUAAUGUAACUUGUAGGUGAACUUGGUAUUAAAGCUAAAGGUUAGACAGCUCUCAUUGUAAUAUUUACCAGGUAUAUAGAUUAAAUAUAUUGUAAAAUUGAAAAGCCUUCCCGCCCACCCCUUCCAAGAAAUGUUAUAAUCUGUAUAUAACAUUGGAAAGUAGAUAUAUUUGUAACUGUCCGUAGGACCCAGCCGCCAAUGCUGUAUAACGGUUUAAUGAGCCUCUUCAUUUGUGAUCUGCAAGAAAAUUGCUUUCUGGUUCCAAUGUAGCAAACUUCUUGCCGUUUCUAACAAUUCCUUUCUGUGUUUCCAUUUCAUAGAAAUACUAGAAAUAAAUGUUAUUUUCUAUUCAAAUCAGUCUUACAAAUGGCAAAUGAUAUUUUAUGGAACAAUGUUUUGGCAAACCCAGUUAACAAGUAAAGUCAAUGUUUAAGGCAGAUUAAUGCAAAAAAAAAUUUAGGAACUUUCUGAACAUGUUUAUUAAAUC